UCACUUACCGUAUGUCCUUGUCCUUGUAUUGUCAUCCAUGUAUAAGGCUUGCUCGGUUAUAAUCUGAUGAGCUUUAAGAAAUCUAAGUGCUUGGGCUUUACAUUUUGUAAAACGAUGAUGUUUUUCUUGAAUUCUAAAUACAUUCACAUCUACUUCGACUAGUGGAGUGGACUUGAUGCAGACGACGUACACCAUGGAUCCUCAAAACCAAAACACUUCAUUGCAAAGGCUUCAAAAUGUUGAAAAGAGAAUAGUUAGGGUAUUGGAGUUAGCUAGCAGUGUAAUGGACGAAUGGGCAAGCCCUAGUGGUCCAAGAAAGGAGCUGGUGAACAAUCACUGCAGUGAAUUUAUGCAAUUGAUCAAGGACAUCCAAGUGACACUGCGAGAAGAAAUCAAAAGUGCCUGCGAGUAUCGUCCUUUUGAGAAGUGUGACUACGUUCCAAGAAUAUCUAAUGAGAUCUGUUGCAAGAAACUGGAUCAUGUCAUUGCACAGUUAGAUGAGAUGAAGCAUACAAUUGAAGGGUAUCAUACCACAGCUUGAAACUCUGAUCUAACAUUCACAAAUAGGCUGCUUUGGAGGAUGCCUAAUAUCUGAGAUCAGGGAUAUAGGAUUUAGUUGGUCUGGCAAGGGCAUUUGAUUAACCAUGAGCGUGCACAGAUGCUUGGUAUGAAGAAAUUUCAGAAUCUGUUGUGCAAAAGCGGUUAGCCUUAGAUUAUUACAUGCUACACAUGGCACUGUGUGCUCUUCUUGUUUAUUCCAUAAAUCCCUAGUGUCUUAAUCUUUUGCACAAUUCAAGAAAUUAAUUCUAGAGAUUGUUUUACCACAAGCAGAGGAUAGAUGAAUUACUGCCAUCUUUUAGAUGGUAUGGUGGCACUGUUGGCGCAGCUGCACUGAAAAGUGCUCUAAAGUCUGAUAAGUACAAUCUGCACUAUUCAGCUUAUACAACCUUAUGGCUCGCGGUCCUUAGGAUGAGAAUUGAUGUGGGUAAAGAUAUAUUUCGGUUGGUGCUAAUUUAGUUACACAUUCAGGAAUUCGUGUAGAAAAAAGAAGAAGUCUCUAAACUGCUGUCUUCUGUACUUAUUAGCAUUUGCUUUUGCCUUCGUUUGAUCUUUUAUGGUUUGCUGCCAACAUGGUUGAUUUUCAUAA